AUGUCAAUUACUAAUUAUGAAAACAAGUUUACAACAUUGUCCCAAUUUGUUCCAUCGAUAGUGGGAAAUGAGGAGGAGAAAUGGAGAAGGUUCCAAAUGGGAUUACACUUUAGCAUUCGAUGCCAGAUUUGUACCCUAGAGUUGAAAAGGUAUAUUGACUUGGUAAACAAGGCACUGAUUGCUAAGAGAGAUAUGCAAGAGGAAGAAAAGGUGGGAGAGAAAUCUAAGAGGAGUAGGUUUGAUCUAGCAAGACAAGCUACUUUAGUGGUUGAUUUCCAGGUCAAAGUGGGAAAAUUUUUCAACAUCAAAGACUCCUUCCAAACGGUCAACAAGGUCGUUGGGUCAUAUGCAACGUGA